AUGAACGACAAACAAUUAAGCGACACAAAUAAUCGUGAUCAAAAACAAGCAGGAGCGGAUAAUGUUGUAAUGCAUCAACCACCACCGACUGCUACUCAUACUAUGACUGGAAAUAUCACAAAAUCUUGUCAACCUCAACCGGUACUUAUCUAUCAAAUUCCACAUCAUGCACCGGUCAUGAUGAACCAUGGAAUAAAUAUGAAUCCUACAAUGACACCACAGAUAAUGGUUAUCCCAGACUACAAAUCAUGGUCAAUUUUCAAUAUUUUAUGUUGUUGUUUCAUACUUGGUAUUUUUGCUUGUAUAAAGUCUGGAAAAGUAAGAAACAACAAAAUGUGUGGAAAUCUCCAAGGUGCAUUGCAAGCAUCAAGAUCUGCUAAAAUUCUCAAUAUUUUUUCUACACUUAUUGGCUUGAUUAUUAUAGUUACUUUCUCUAUUCUUACAGCUACUAAAACAAUUAUAAUUUGA